UAUUUCCAGGCAAAAGUCACGUAGGCCAAACUUCGCGGCUCGCGCGUGUUUGUUUUCAACAAAAUAAAUAACCUGUGGAAAAUUGUAUUUAUAUUAUAAUUACUAUGAUUUUCUAAAAAUGGAGAUUCUUGAAACAAACCAUAGUGUCGUAGUAGUCCGUGCUAAGCCUGAAGGACAGCGGAAAACAUUUAAACCAAACAUUCGUUCGAUAAAUAAAAUUCCCGAUGAGUUACUCAAUGACCCGCUUUUAAACAGAGCAUGUGAAGCAUUACCUCAGAAUUAUAAUUUUGAGAUACACAAGACGAUAUGGAGGAUCAGAUCUCUUGGUUCUAAAGUAGUAGCUCUACAGCUACCUGAAGGUUUGACGAUGUUUGCGACUACAUUGUGUGAUAUAAUUGAGGCAUUUACUGAAGCCGAGACUAUAAUUAUGGGUGAUGUGACGUAUGGUGCAUGUUGUAUUGACGAUUUCACUGCAAUUUCCUUGGAUGCUGAUUUAUUAAUUCACUAUGGACACUCGUGCCUUAUACCCAUUGAUCAAACAAGCAACAUAAAGGUUUUAUACAUAUUUGUAGACAUAAAAAUAGAUCCAUCUCAUUUCAUAGAAACUAUAAAGUUAAAUUUGUCUAAACCAACACAUUUGGCUAUCAUUAGUACGAUUCAGUUUGUGACGACGCUACAUUCUGUUGCUAAAAGUUUGAGAAAUGAGGGUUAUACAGUCUCAGUUCCUCAGAGUAAGCCGCUGUCACCUGGUGAAAUUCUUGGUUGUACUGCACCUAAAUUGAAUGCUGAUGUCAUCGUAUACCUUGGCGACGGAAGAUUUCAUUUAGAGUCUAUAAUGAUAGCAAACCCAACCGUUCCCGCUUAUAAAUAUGAUCCUUAUGACAAGAAAUUUACGUUGGAAACUUACGAGCAUGAAUUAAUGCAAACAAACAGGAGGAAUCAAAUAAAGACCGCAGAAAAUGCCGCAAGUUUUGGACUCAUUCUUGGCACUUUGGGAAGACAAGGUAGUACAAAGGUUUUAGCUAACUUGGAAAAGCAAAUACAAAAUGCUGAUAAAAGCUAUGUUAAGAUACUGUUAUCCGAGAUAUUUCCUAGUAAAUUGGCGUUAUUCGAUUUAGAUGCCUAUGUCCAAAUAGCCUGCCCGAGACUAUCAAUUGACUGGGGCACAGCUUUUGCAAGGCCAUUGCUAACUCCAUAUGAAUUUUCAGUGGCACUAGGCAAUAGUAAGUGGCUUAAAGACGAUGGCACAUAUCCUAUGGAUUUUUAUGCUAAUGAUAGUCUAGGGCCUUGGACACCAAAUUAUAAACCAGUUUUAUGUUCAGCAACCGACAAAAAAUGUGAAAACUGUUGCGGUGGUAAAGAAAAAUCUAUAAAAUAAUUUACCGGCGAUCCCUUCGCUUGUAAGGCUGCAGUUUCUCUUGCUUGACCAAAAACCUGGGAGUUCAUGAAUUUUGACGGGAAAGUCUCAACAUGUUUCUGAAGUUGGACAUUCUUAGUAUCUUGUCUGUAAUGAAUAAACAAUUAUUUAAUCUAGUAUAAAAUGUAUUUUUAUAUCGACCUAUGCAUUAGAGCGAAAGAAAAGCAGUAGUUGAAGAGUUGGGGGUUCAAAUGUAUUCUUGAAUAGGCACAAGUCGACAGAAGGUUCUGCAAUUGAUUCUCGGGGAUGGCUGUGGAAUGUAGAUAAUUUAAUUUAUCAUUAUAUUAUAUUUGAAAUGUUAUAUAAUAAAAUUAUUGAAAGAUUAA